UCCGCUUUAUCGACCAAUCAGAGUGCGAUGCGCAGCAGCUUAUAAAAAGAUCUGCCGUCGAUCUGUUCACCCCUCUGUCCCCGCCGUCCUAUGAAUCUCUGAGCCGAGCCGCAUCCCCAAAUCUACCGCAACCGUUAAGAUGGCGACCCGGAGCAUGCAAGCUGCCCGAUGUCCGACAGAUGAGCUGUCGCUGACUAACUGUGCUGUCGUGAAUGAGAAGGAUCUGCAGUCAGGACAACAUGUGACGGUGAAAACUACACCAAACCACAAGUAUGUGUUUACAGUCAAGACCCAUCAUACUGUAGCGCCUGCAAACAUCGCCUUCAGCCUGCCACAGAGGAAAUGGGCUGGUCUAUCCAUUGGUCAAGAGGUGGAAGUGUCCAACUACAACUUUGACAAGUCCAAGCAGUGUAUUGGCGCCAUGACAAUCGAAAUUGACUUCCUGCAAAAGAAGAGCACCGACUCCUCUCCUUAUGACUCGGACAAGAUGGCCGCUGAGUUUAUCCAGCAAUUCAACAACCAAGCCUUCUCUGUCACCCAGCAGUUAGUUUUCAGUUUCUGCGACAAACUUUUUGGUUUGAUGGUGAAGGAUAUAGAGGCAAUGGACGCCAGCAUCCUGAAAGGGGAACCAGCUGUGGGAAAAAAGCCCCAAAAGAUCGACGUCGGUCUAAUGGUGGGAAACAGCCAGGUCAUUUUUGAAAAGGCAGAGAAUUCUUCUCUCACACUAGUUGGUAAGGCAAAGACCAAGGAGGCCCGGCAAACAAUCAUUAACCCUGACUGGAACUUUGAGAAAAUGGGAAUUGGAGGUCUGGACAAGGAGUUCUCUGCCAUUUUCCGCAGAGCUUUUGCUUCCAGGGUUUUCCCGCCUGAUAUUGUGGAGCAGAUGGGUUGUAAACACGUGAAGGGGAUCUUGCUGUUUGGGCCACCAGGAUGUGGAAAAACAUUGAUGGCCAGGCAGAUUGGCAAGAUGCUUAACGCCCGUGAGCCGAAGGUGGUCAACGGUCCAGAGAUCCUCAACAAGUACGUGGGAGAGUCUGAGGCCAACAUCCGCAAACUAUUUGCAGAUGCAGAGGAGGAGCAGAAGAGGCUUGGUGCCAACAGCGGCCUCCAUAUUAUCAUCUUUGAUGAGCUGGAUGCUAUCUGCAAGCAGAGAGGAACUGGUGCCAGCAGCACAGGCGUGCACGAUACUGUGGUCAACCAGCUUUUGUCAAAAAUCGAUGGCGUGGAGCAGCUUAACAACAUCCUGGUUAUUGGAAUGACCAACAGGCCUGAUCUCAUUGAUGAUGCUCUCAUGAGGCCUGGCAGGUUUGAGGUGAAGAUGGAAAUCGGUCUGCCUGAUGAGAAGGGACGUGUCCAGAUCCUAAACAUCCACACCAGUAAGAUGAAAAACUACAACCUACUGGCUACAGAUGUUGACAUAAAGGAGCUGGCCGCUGAGACGAAGAACUACAGUGGCGCCGAGCUGGAGGGGCUUGUCAGGGCAGCACAGUCCACCGCCAUGAACCGACAUAUCAAGGCCACAUCUACGGUUGAGGUGGACAUGGAGCGGGCAGAGAAGCUGCAGGUCACCAGAGCUGACUUUUUUGGAUCCCUCAACAAUGACAUCAAGCCUGCAUUCGGUACAAAUCAGGAAGACUAUUCCAGCUACGUCAUGAACGGCAUCAUCAAAUGGGGCGACCCCGUCAACCAUAUCCUGGAGGAUGGAGAGCUGCUCGUCCAGCAGACAAAGAACAGUGAUCGGACUCCUCUGGUGGCUGUACUGCUGGAGGGUCCACCUCACAGCGGAAAGACAGCCUUGGCAGCUAAGAUUGCUGAGGACUCUCAGUUCCCCUUCAUUAAGAUCUGCUCUCCUGACAAGAUGAUUGGAAGCUCAGAGAUCUCCAAAUGCCAGGCUAUCAAAAAGGUCUUUGAUGAUGCAUACAAGUCACAGCUUAGCUGUGUUGUGGUGGAUGAUAUCGAACGCCUGUUGGACUAUGUGCCUAUCGGCCCUCGUUUCUCCAACCUUGUGCUGCAGGCUUUGCUGGUGCUGCUUAAAAAGCCUCCACCCAAGGGCCGUAAGCUGCUCAUCAUCGGCACCACCAGCAGAAAGGAUGUUCUGCAAGAGAUGGAGAUGCUGGAUGCCUUCAGCACCACUAUCCACAUUCCCAACAUCUCCACUGGCGAGCAGUUAGUCGAUGCCUUAGAGCUGCUGGGAAGCUUCACUGAUAAAGAGCGAGCCAGCAUCGCUCAGCAGCUCAAGGGGAAACGGGUCUGGAUCGGCAUUAAGAAGCUUCUGGUGCUAAUUGAGAUGUCCCUUCAGAUGGAUCCAGAUUACAGAGUGAUUAAAUUCAUGACUCUGCUUAGAGAUGAGGGAGCGCUGCAUGACGGUGACCAAAUCCGAAUUUAAGCUGUCAGUCGCUCCUUACUGUGAUCGAAGUUUGUAAGAGUCGAGGGAGCAGUGGAAUUAAGGAGACUCAUUAUCUGCAAGACAUCAACAAGAACCAACAAGCUGGGAGAGGCGGGAAAAAAAAACAGAUCCCCUGUUCUCUGUCGACCCAUUCAUCACCUGGUCUAUAAUAUAACUUGACAAACUUCUCUCAUCCACGGCAUGUUUCAUUGAGAAAAUGUCACUGUACCCUCUGCCUACUUCUAUCCAACAUUUCUAACAGCACUUAUAAACAUAUUGCAGUCAACUAUUGGGAGUGUAAUGAUUGAAUCUGUUCUCUUUAAAGGAAUUGCAAUAGAAGACUGUGGUGAAAAAAAAAUGUUGUUUUGUGCAUUGUGCGUAACAUAUAUGAAAAGAGAAGCAGCGUUUUUAGCUCUACUAUCUGUUGUAUUUGUUGCAUAUUUCUUGUCCUGCUGAUGGUGGUUAUUGUGCAUCCUCACAAGCAGUAGAAACACAACAUUGUGCAUCCUCACAAGCAGUAGAAACACAACAAAGGCAGAAGUGACUUGAAUCCUUUUGCUGAGCAGGGGCAGUUCUAAACUAAGUUUAGUCGG